AGAUUGAAUGCUUCUGAUGACGUUUUUGCCUCUGUUGCCUUAAUAGAUCUCUGACUCAUUGUCAGCCCCCGUCAGUUUCUGGCUCCCUGGAGAGCACAUUCAAAAUGAUACGAGCACCAGCAUUUUUAUGGGGAUGUUACUUUCUGGCUGCCAAAUUUGUCAGUACUAAACUGUGCAAGUGUCAGGGAACAGAGCUGACUCAGACACCAGCACUGAGGGCAGGAAUAAACAUUGUCCUGUCCUGAGGACUCAACAUUAGGCUUCUCUUCUGUUGUAGGCAGGCUCAGGUUUUGAGAGUAGGGACCUGUGCAGCUCGCUCCCUUGUGUUUGGUGAAGUGGUUCCUUUCCUUCCUGCUAAGUGCUUCUCAGCAGGAGGCUCCGUACCCUUGGUAUUGCCGUUCCUCCCAUGCAUCAUGUUUAAGGGCUCCAACACACAGCAGUGGCUGGAAUUGAGAAGUGCUUUGUCCUUAAAGACAAAAUGCAUGUGUCUACAUGAGGUGGAUGUUGUACUGAUGGACCAGCUCAGAAGUUCCUAAAUAAGGUACAGCAGGGUCACCGCACCUCUGAAAGAAGUCAGACAUCCAGCAGGAGAACAGUACAGCCUUGUGAUUAUGGCAGACUUCAGGGUAGUAUGAAAUUACCACACUGCAAGUGAAAUUUUGGGAACCUGCAAGCCUAACUGGUUCUAUUAGCAGCAAAAGUGAUCUACCUUUAAUGUAUUUCCCUUUCAGUAAUUUUUCCUUGUAAUAAAUUCAAGAAUUCAACUAGAUAUGGGUGACAUAAAUAUUCCAUCCACUACUCCACCUUCUUUAUGAAGUUCUAAAGAAAACCAGCACUAUUAACAUGCUGAGAGACAGGAUUCUGUGGCUUGGUUAUUAUGGGGUACAAAUUAAAUCUUGCAGUUUAUUUUCCUGGGUCCCAGGCUUGAAAUAGUUGGACUCUGGCUGGGCUGUGACAAUAACUUGGAGCUCUGUGUGUUCUGUUUUGGAGACACUGACCCUGGAUGCUUCUUCCAUGACCUACCCAUCACCUGAUAUUUGCAGUGCAGGUACAGAAUCCAUUCAGCAGUUCCUCUGCAAAGAGUGUGGAAUUGCAUACUAUCCACCUUCAGAGUACGUGCUCCCUGCGCUGGAGAGUGAUGGAGAAACGUCAGUGGAUGGGGUGGACAGGACAGUGCACAAAUACUUGGAGGAGGAGAGCAAGUGGCAGAAUAAAUUCUCAGACUACGAGAAGAGGAAGGAAAAAAAAAUGCAGGAGAAGCUUGAAUUUGAGCGGCACUUGAACACGGGGCAAAGAGAACAUGCACUGCUUGUGCAGCAGAUCAACAAUCAGAAGGACGAGAUACUGCAGACAGUAAGAGAGGAUCAGAUGAGGUUGGAGGAGGGCCUGACAAAGCACCAGCGCCAUUUGGAGGAGGAGCGCCUGACUCAGCAGCAGCCGAAGCAAGCAGAGCAAGGCAUUGCCAGCUGUAUCCAGAAGCUGAUAGAGGACAAUCAGAGGCAAAAACAAAGUUCAGACAUUCUGAAAUCCUUGGAGAAUGAGAGAAUAAGGAUGGAACAGCUGAUGGUAAUCAAACAGGAGGAGACAGAGCAUCUGUGCAGGAGGGAAGUGGCCUCUGCCAUGCAACAAAUGCUGGCUGAGAGCUACAAGAACAAGCUCAUCCAAAUGACCUAUGAAUCUCGGUGCCAAGACCUUGUCAGCCAGGCCUGCUCCAGCCUGGCUGAGAUGGAUCAGAAGUUCCAGCAAAUCCUGGUUUGGCAACAGAUGGAUCAGAACAAAGCUGUUAGUCAGAUCUUGCAGCAGAGUGAGAUGCAGAAAGCUGCCUUUGAAGCUCUCCAAGUGAAGAAGGAUCUUAUGCACAGGCAGAUCAGGAACCAGAUUAAAUUAAUAGAAACAGAGUUAUUGCAGCUGACACAGCUGGAGUUAAAGAGGCAAGAACUGGACACAGAGACGCUGCAGGGGGUGGUCAUGGAGCAACGCCAAGCACUUGGUUACCUGCUGCAGCAGCUGCUCAAAGAAAAGAAGCAAAGGGAAGAAGAAUUGCAACAAAUACUGUUGGAAAUGGAAGCAAAGAGUGAAACCAAACAGGAGAACUACUGGCUGAUCCAGUACCAGCGCCUGCUGAACCAGAAGUCACUCUCCCUGAAACUCCAAGAGGAGGGCUUGGAGAAGCAGCUGGUGAACCUUUUAAUCGAGCUGUCAGCUGAACAGUAUGUGCCUGUCUUUGCACACCAUCGAAUUUCCUUGGAAGUGCUCAGCACCAUGACUGCCAGUGACCUGGAAAAGAUGGGCAUUGCAGAGACUGGCCUGCAGCGUGCCAUCCUCAGACGGGCGCAGGAGAUCCUGGCUGUGGCAAAGACAAUCCCAGAGCUGCUGAGGGUGGACGCCAAGGUCCCUGCAGCCACACAACCCAGUGCCCCUGAGGAGGAGGCCCCGAGUUCUGUGGUCCCCACUGCUCCCCUGCUGCAGUGGGAUGAGAAGAAGCCAGAGUGCGUUGUCUGCAUGGAGCAGGAGGCCCAGAUGAUUUUCCUGCCUUGUGGCCAUGUGUGCUGCUGCCAGACCUGCUGCAAACGGCUACAGAGCUGUCCCCUGUGCCGCGGGGACAUCACACAGCAGGUCCGCAUCUUCUACAGCAGCUAGGCAGGCUGGAGGGAGGCAUGGCUGCCCAGCACUGCCCUCAUCACUCCGUCCCAGGGCAGGGCUCCUCUAUCAGUAUUAAAUACGCUCUCACAUGACCAGCGCUGCCCUCUCCCUGCACAUGGCUCUGGCUGGCUGCAGGCUGCACCCAGGGCUCUCAGCAGCCCUCCACCUUCCUGGUGGCUUUCCAGCCUUUGGCUUGGGUUCUUCAUCUGCAUCCACCAUCCAGCUUGUUUGUCCAGCCUGGGAGCACUGGGUGAUGGCAUUGGAUGUAGUGGUGCUCCUCCUCUCUGGCUAUAUAUUUGCCAUUGGAAUUGCCUGUUGCUCAGCAGGGACGCAGUUAGAGCCAUUGCUUCUGAAGCCACUGGGACCCUGCAGCUGCUCUAUUAUGGCCAUGGCAUUUGCCAUUCUUCUGCUGUGGUGAAUUCUCCUCCAGGAGAGGCAUCCUGCCUUGUUAACGUUCUGGGAGGCUGAGAGUGCUUUGCUCGUGUGUUGUUGCCAUGGGCAACAUGCAAUUGCAUGGGCUCAUGCAAUCAGUGGCAGCAUGGCUGGGGGCUGCAGCAGGAGGCAGGGCAGAGCGAGGUGCUUCCCAUCCCUCACUGUCAAUCCCACUGAAGAGCAGCAUCUGCAGCAGCCUCACAACCAGUGCUCGAGGGACAGCUCUGACUAGAAGACAUUCCUUGUUGAGACGUGCUGUCUGGGGGAAAUGUUCCUGCCACAGAGUUCCAGCUCUUCCUUGUGUACGUGUGUUGGCAUCUGGGUUGUUCCCCAUUGUCAUUAAUAAGUAACGAUCCCGGUGGGGCUUUUAGUCUCUUGACCUCAAGUAUAAAACACAGAGAUAAGUCUG